UUGCCGAAGGUCUUAUCAAAUUUUUGAUUACUCUCUGUAAUGGUUCACAUGUUUAUCUCGAUCAUGUCGUGCAGCAAAUUGAAUACGGUCAUGGAAGAGUGAAUGUAAAAUGUUUGGUCAAUGGUACUCGUGAGGUAUCUUUCAAUGGUGAUUGUGUAUUGUGUACCGUACCGCUCGGUGUCCUUAAACGAUCAGUUCGAAAUCGAAAUAAUGCACCAUUAUUUCAUCCCGAGUUACCGCGUUGGAAAAUUGAUGCUAUUAAUUCGCUUGGUUUUGGAAAUGUUAAUAAGAUUAUGCUAUUUUUCGAGAAAUCAUUCUGGGAGAAUACACGUGUUUUCGGGCAAAUAUCAGAUACCAUGUGUGCAACUAGCCGCGGUGAAAUGUUCAUGUUUCAAGCUCAUCGCGAUAAGCCACUCCUCAUUGCACUUGUCUCGGGUGAUUCGGCUAAUGCUCUCGAAGAAGCACCAGCUGAUAUCAUUGUUUAUCAAAUCAUGAAUUUCCUUUCUGCUAUUUUUGGUCCAGCAUGUCCAAAAGAGCCAAAAGAUGUAAUUAUAACACGUUGGAGAUCCGAUCGUUUUUCGUGUGGCGCUUUCAGCUAUGUUCCACCAAAUUGUACAUUGGAUGCAUAUGAUAGUUUAGCAGCAGCAGUGAAAGAUUCGACUGGUUAUGAUCGAAUUUUUUUUGCUGGUGAGCAUACCUGUCGAGAACAUCCUGGAUCAAUUCAUGGUGCAUAUUUAUCAGGUUUACGUGAAGCCGGACAUAUCGCCGAUCGUUUACUUGGAAUUCCUUAUGGAACCCAAAUUGAUCCCAAAAGAACAAUCGCUUAA